AUUUAUUUUAAAGAGCCAAUACCAAUCCCUCCUUUCUUAUUGUUCCCUUCAAAAUUCGUGCAAAAAUACAUCAAUUAAUUGCAUAUAUCUUCAAUUUCCCCUACCCCCUAUAAAUAAUACUUUACCAAUUCCACUCAUCAUCACAACUGUAGCCUCGGUUUGAAACCAAAACAGCUGUGAGAGAUGAUGAAACUUGCAAUGAGCUUUGCUCUUUUGGCCUCACUAGUCACUGCUCUUCCUCCUCUUUGCUUAGCAGCUUCAGCUAACACUAAUGGCGGUUUUCUAUAUCCGCAAUUUUACGAUCACACGUGCCCGAAAGCGCAGCAGAUCGUGUGGUCGGGCGUCGCGAAAGCCCACGCGAAAGACCCGCGCAUGGCGGCGUCGCUGCUCCGCCUCCACUUCCACGACUGCUUCGUCAAGGGAUGCGACGCGUCGGUUUUGCUGGACAGCAGCGGGACGUUCUUGAGUGAGAAGCGGUCCCACGCGAACCUGAACUCCGCGAGAGGGUUCGAGGUCAUCGACGAGAUCAAAUUUGCGCUCGAAAAGGAGUGCCCGCUCACCGUCUCCUGCGCCGACAUUCUCGCCCUCGCCGCAAGGGACUCCACAGUGUUGACUGGUGGACCAUAUUGGGCGGUUCCGCUCGGUCGAAGGGACUCGUUAGGUGCGAGCCUGAGCGGGUCCAAUAACAACAUCCCGGCUCCGAAUAACACCCUCCCCACCAUCAUCACCAAGUUCAAGCUCCAAGGCCUCGAUCUCGUCGACCUCGUCGCCCUUCUCGGGAGCCACACGAUCGGAGACGCGCGGUGCACCAGCUUUCGCCAACGGCUGUACAACCAGACCGGCAACGGCCUCCCCGACGGUACCCUAAACGCGGCCUACGCAGCUGAGCUCCGUGCCCGCUGCCCCCGGUCUGGCGGGGACCAGAACCUGUUCUUUCUGGACCCGGUAAGCCCGUUCAAGUUCGACAACCAGUACUACAAGAACAUAGUAGCAGGCAAAGGCCUGCUGAACUCCGACCAGAUCCUCUUCACGCGGAGCGCGGCCACGAUGGCGCUCGUCGAGCAGUACGCCAACAACAACGAGCUGUUCUUCGACCACUUUGCGAAAUCGAUCGUGAAGAUGGGGAACAUCGCGCCCUUGACCGGGUCGCGGGGGGAGAUUAGGGAGCAUUGCAGGAAGGUUAAUCACCAUUAACUAAUGGAUUUGCGAGAUAAUUAAACUCUGCAUUUGUGUGUAUGCAAUUGUUGUAAGUGUGGCCCUUGUGGUGUUUGUUGGCUUGAUGUUUUAGUUUGUUGUUGUAUUCCUUUUGUUUGAAUUGGCUGUUUAGAUCAAUAAAAUUUGGUGGUGAUCGAACAUCUAAUUCCAAGCAA